GAAACUCAAGCACAUCAAUUCCGAGAGCUCCAGCGGGAAGCUUGCUUAACAUGAUGCUCCACAUGACACCGCAGAAGUACGUGACACCCGCAAGGUAUGUAUGGCUGGAGACAGGCGAGCGUCAGCGAUCAGGCCUCCCACGCAGGAUCGAACGAGCCUCGAUGCCUGUGCGUGCAUGCCCUCGCACUGAACUGCUGACGCUACGACAAGAAGUCCAGAGGAUGCAUCGAGAAGCAGAAGAAGUGGCAGAUCUGAAGGCUCAAGUUGAAACUCUGAAGGCAGAUUUGCGAAACGUCUUGGACAAGAACAGACAGAUGACUGAUUUAAUGGAGCAGCAAAAAUGCGCUGAGGACGGCAGAGAACAGGCAGCACAAGCCCGGCGCUCGCAGCUGGCUUGUGCUAGGCAGCUCUUCAGGGCAAUGCUGGAUGGCCGGCGAGAAAGUUUGCAAAACAGCUGUGCGCUUUGACCGGAAUUUCGCUACAAAGGUGAAGCAUGGUGAAGCCAAUGAAUCUGCUAAUGUUUUCGUGACAAAGGGGCGCGAUGAAGCUUUUACCGCAUGGCAAAGUGCAAAAUUUUGAUCAGCGCCUUGGUGCAAGUGACGGCAUGGUGUGCUCAAAGCAAGCUUACCAAGAUUCUAGAUACACUUCUACCGAUAUAUCAAGCUUGGAUGUCAGUCUCGCGUUGCCCCUUGUGCCUCACCUUCGACAGGGAAGGCACUGUGAGCUGCACCGGCUGCCGAUCGAUCAGAAGGAUCAGGGACAUCUUCUGUGGGGGCUUCCUACUCCGAUCUCAGGAGGGCAGAGCGGUUGAGGCACUUCGAUCGUGUGUGGGUGCACUCACCGACC